GCGGACAGCCGACGGGGUGGACAAGAUGGCGGCGACAACGACCAUCUCCCUGAGAAAUUCUCAGCCAUGUAAUAAAUUUCCAACGAAUGUGCCUGAACUCUUGGAGUUCAAACCACCUUAAAGGGCCAAGCAACGCUCAGAAGCAAUGUUCAUAGCACCAGGGUACAGAGUCCAUUAAGAUGGAAAAUGGACAAAGCACGGCAUCUAAGCUGGGGCUUCCUCCCCUCACACCAGAACAGCAGGAAGCUCUCCAGAAACCGGUGGGGAGGUUACUGCUGACUUCUGCCCACUUUCCUGAUGGGAGUGAGUGAUGCCUGGCUUGCUGAGAGGAGAGCAGAGUUGGGAAAAGAGGGGAAAGAAAACAAAACCAGGGAAUGUGGGAGCUGUGGGCUAGGUGUCUUCUGUACUCUGGUGAGGUUUCCGAAGCACACGUCUCAAAUCCACGGUUUAGAGCCUACCGUUCCCUGGCACCUCCCAAACACGUACAGCCAUGGAAAGCAGGCAAAGAAGUAUGCGAUGGAGCAGAGUAUCAAGAGCGUGCUGGUGAAGCAAACCAUCGCCCACCAGCAACAGCAGCUCACCAACCUUCAGAUGGCAGCAGUGACAAUGGGCUUUGGAGAUCCUCUCUCACCUUUACAAUCGAUGGCAGCUCAGAGGCAGCGCGCCCUGGCCAUCAUGUGUCGUGUGUAUGUGGGCUCCAUAUACUAUGAGCUGGGAGAAGACACCAUUCGCCAGGCCUUUGCCCCUUUUGGACCUAUAAAAAGCAUUGAUAUGUCCUGGGACUCUGUUACGAUGAAACACAAGGGUUUUGCUUUUGUGGAGUAUGAGGUGCCUGAAGCUGCUCAGCUGGCCUUGGAGCAGAUGAAUUCUGUCAUGCUGGGGGGAAGAAAUAUAAAGGUUGGGAGACCCAGUAAUAUAGGUCAGGCGCAACCAAUUAUAGACCAGCUAGCAGAAGAGGCACGGGCUUUCAACCGCAUCUAUGUGGCAUCUGUUCAUCAAGACCUCUCCGAUGAUGACAUCAAGAGUGUGUUUGAGGCCUUUGGGAAGAUUAAAUCCUGCACGCUAGCCAGGGAUCCCACAACAGGAAAACACAAAGGCUAUGGUUUCAUUGAAUAUGAGAAAGCACAGUCUUCUCAAGAUGCUGUUUCCUCCAUGAACCUCUUUGACCUUGGGGGUCAGUAUCUCCGAGUUGGUAAAGCCGUGACUCCUCCAAUGCCUCUCCUGACACCAGCUACACCAGGAGGACUGCCUCCGGCAGCAGCCGUUGCUGCAGCGGCUGCUACAGCAAAGAUCACAGCACAGGAAGCAGUGGCAGGAGCUGCGGUUCUUGGCACCUUGGCAACCCCUGGGCUGGUAUCUCCAGCACUGACUCUGGCCCAGCCCUUGGGGGCGUUGCCACAGGCUGUAAUGGCAGCACAGGCACCGGGAGUCAUUACAGGUGUAACCCCCGCCCGACCUCCCAUUCCUGUCACCAUUCCACAAGUGGGAGUUGUGAAUCCGAUCCUGGCUAGUCCCCCAGCAUUGGGCCUGAUGGAGGUCAAAAAGGAGAAGGAAGAGGAGGAGGUAUUCCAGGAGUCAGAGAGGCCAGAGAUGCUGAGCGAACAGGAGCACAUGAGCAUAUCUGGCAGCAGCGCCCGUCAUAUGGUGAUGCAGAAACUGCUUCGUAAACAGGAGUCCACUGUGAUGGUGCUUCGCAACAUGGUGGAUCCAAAGGACAUUGAUGAUGACCUAGAGGGAGAGGUGACAGAAGAAUGCGGCAAAUUCGGGGCUGUAAACAGGGUCAUCAUCUAUCAGGAGAAGCAAGGAGAAGAGGAGGAUGCUGAGAUCAUUGUCAAGAUCUUUGUGGAGUUCUCCAUGGCCUCAGAGACUCACAAAGCCAUUCAGGCUCUGAACGGGCGCUGGUUUGCAGGAAGGAAGGUGGUAGCAGAGGUGUAUGACCAGGAGAGAUUUGAUAACAGUGACCUGUCAGCAUGAACUCUACUUGAAAGACUUCGCCCCUGCCCCCUCUGCCUGCCUGGUUCUUUUUUAGCCAUGUAUAAAGAACGCGCCAGGGUGGGCACAGAUCUCUGUGAUGUACUUGUAGUUUGGAUAAAAGCGCAAAGAAAGCUAGUGUGCAUCUGUGUGUGUGUUAAAGGGGCUGACGUCUCCCCAGCGGAGGCUGGCGUGGCUCCGGCCUCGUCGCCUGGAAGAGCGGGGCCCGAGCCUGAAGAGGGGUCGCUGCUCGUGUUCCUGCCUUACGCUGCGGUCGCUUCAGAAACACUCAGGUCAAGACCCGACCACACCUUUUAGGGGCUAGAAUAGCCGUUUCCUUCAGAGAUGGGCCAUGAAUGAUUGGAACGGAGGAGGGAGUCUCUUCGUAAAGUAUUUUGGCAGCACCCUUGGGUGCUGCUGGAUUAACAAGGAGGAGGGAGGGGAGCUCGGGCGGUGCUGGAGGGAGCUUUGCUGCCGAGGAGCCGCAUGUUGGGCUUGGCCUCAGGAGCCCAGACGUGGGUCGGGGCCCAGAACUGAACCAGCUGGGCCUUUUUGGAGUGUUCCCAUCAGGCUUGUUCUGAUACUGCGGUUUGGGCCUCACGGUACUCUUGAUGGGUCAGAGUUACCCCGACUGAUCCUUCCUCAAUGUGCCAAAACGCGAAUAGCGAGCCAGGCUGUAGGCGUCGCAGCUGGGCUGGGAGCGCGAGUAGCGCCGGUGGCAGCGCCUGAAGUGCUUUUAUGGAAUCGACAUCCAGCCCUGGUACUGCGGGCAGUGAUGGGAACACACGCCUCGCCUGAAAGGAUAGUUGGGGGGGGAUUUGUUGAGGACUCAAAGCAUUAGUAAUAUUUACAAAGCAUAAAUGCAUUUAUUUUAGUAAUUUUUCUGUCUAGCUAAUGAGUAGGAACAGAAUUAGCUCAUGUUAAUUACCUUAAAUAUUUUCAGUAUGUAAGGGGCUACUAUACUGCUUGUCAUGCAUAGCUGGUGCACAGCACAGAUCUGAAGAAAACCAGUCGGUUUAGUUUAGAAAUUCAAACAAAGGAAGAAGGAUCUCUAAGGAACUUCCGCAGGGAGUUCUUGAGUUGAGCCUGCAGCUACGGGUUGCCUCUAAGCUUGGAGAUGUCUUUAAAAUUAAAUUUUUGUAUUUUGUUUCAAACACUGAAAAGAACUCUUCUUCUGUUGUAGGGUAGAAAUUUGUAUUUGCACUUUAUGAUUAAUCUAUAUUUAACUCUUUUUGUACUAAUAUUGCCUGUUAGCUUAAAUAACCUUUCUUCUUCCCUCUUUUUAUGCCCAUUCCAAGUUAACAGCAAGCCUGUCGUUCCCAACGUGUGUUUUGUUCGCCAGCGUCUGUUGGGAUCAGCUUGCUCUUUCCCUGGUCAUCUGCCCUGGCAGCCCUUCUUCGCGUUUGUUAGCUUGAAUUUCUUUUUCUUGAAAGUGUUGAUGAGAUCUGCUGAAUAUAUUCAGAAGUGGCAUUUGCCCCCUCUUACCUGUGCUGGAAAUGCAUCAUCCCGUGCCCGCUGUGAUCCCACUGACCUCCCACAGCCACGGCAUGCUGGUGGCUCGCAGUUGCCCCGGUCUCGCAGUGCAGCACAGCUGCUUUGCUGCUUUUCUUUGUGAUGCAGGAGAAGAUCCACUAUUUUUAAUUGUUCCAGAGAUCGGUUUAGUCCUACUAAAGAAAACCAAAGCACCUCUCCCAUGACUCAGUUGGUCUGUCUAGCUUCCAUUUUCUGUUGUUUCCUCCUCUUCUGUUGGCUGGAUUUAGGAGUACAAAGUCCGCACUGGAAGUUUCCUUGUGCUGCUGAUGGUUUAAAAAACUAAAGUGGGGAAAAGUUGAUGUGAGAGGAGAGCAGAGAUUAAAGAAUGACGGCCUGAGUGCUGAUCAACAA